CAUCCCAAUUAAACACCGAAUCCAAUGUGUUCGGGGAUUAUUAACAUAAAUAUUUUUUAAACAAUACAUUUACACAAGCCACGUGCAAUUAGUGUUUCUUUUAUUAUCCAUGGGGUAGACUAUGCUAAAAUAUACUUGCUAACUGCAGAAAAAUCCCCCAAAUUUGUUUUUGAAUAUAUUCAUUUAUAAUAGAAGAAUAAUCCUCAAAUACAGCCGCGGGUACUGGAAGAAGCGUAAAUUAUUGCUAUUAUAAGAGUUACGUAGCGCAAGCGUCAGCAUGGAUUCUCUGAGGUUAGGGGUUAGGCUCGUGCUCCUCCGCACGCGUUCGCAUGGCCGGUUUCCUCCCGCAGUACAAAGACGAGCAGUUAAGAUAAUCCGUGUGUCUAAAAUGCCCAUUGUGUGUGAUAGUGUAUGUGCCCUGUGACGGGCUGGUAUAUUAUCACUCCAGGGUAUUCCCACCCAGCCUUGUGUCCUGGGCUGCUUGCAUAGACGCCAGGCUACCCGCCGCCACGACCCAGACCAGGAAAGGUGUUGGAUGAUGUCAGAAAUGGCCCUAUUGUUGUAGCAUUUAUUUGCACUUCUUUGGUGCCUCCCCCUAGCGGACAGCAGCGGCAACUGCCAAGGCGGCGCUUUCUCAUUGUCCAUCGCACAUUCCUUCCAUCGCCACCUCCCUCCGACGGCGAGUUUAAAGGGGUGAUGGGGGAAAGGCUUCAGCAACGGGCUCAAGUUGAAGGGGAAUCACAGGGUGGGUGUUUUAGGGUGGAUUUAAAGGAAUAGGCCGUCUAUCACAUGCAUUAUCUGGAAUCUCUACUAAUUCAGGAGGGACCUACACAACUGAGAAGACCCGCACCUGAAGGGACUGCCUCAUCGUUUUGAAGGUUGCAGAUACUGGGCCUUAUCUUCACAACGCAGGAUUUGAAAAAGCUGACAGAAGCCACCAGAUUUUCGCUUUAUCUCCUUAAGUCCUCGGACUAGUCCUAUGUAAGUUUUCUGGAGGUCCUGGGUCUCUCGCUACCAAGGCUGACUCACUGCUCUAAAAACAAAAAGGACCCCACAAUCAGGACCCAGACAGUAGACCUUCCAUUUGCCUGUGGUUCGGUCCUCCCGCACCCCCAGCCGGGAUGAAUGACGCCCAGGAGCUGAUGUCCCGGGCCUUGCCGGCAGCCGCCCUCAGCACGGUCCCCUCAGCUUGUGUGUCCAAGGUAGAGCUGCGCGUCUCCUGCAAGUCCCUGCUGGACCGAGACACGCUGAAUAAAUCCGAUCCCUGUGUCAUCCUCAUGGUGCAGGCGCAAGGGCAGUGGACGGAGCUGGACAGGACAGAAGUCAUCAAGAGCAACUUGCAUCCUGUGUUCUCGAAGGUCUUCACUUUGGAUUAUUAUUUUGAAGAGGUACAGAAGCUGCGCUUCGAAGUUUAUGACAUCCAUGGCACGCACAGCAUCGGCACCCGCGACGACGACUUCCUGGGGGGUGUGGAGUGCACCCUGGGGCAGAUUGUGGCCCAGAAGAAGAUGGUAAAGCCUUUGUUGCUGAAAUACGGGAAGUAUGCUGGAAAGUCCACCAUCACUGUUCAUGCAGAGGAGAUCUCUGGAAACAAUGGAUAUGUUGAGUUUUCCUUCAGUGCCAAGAAGCUUGAUGACAAGGACCUCUUCAGUAAAUCUGACCCAUUCCUUGAGAUUUAUCGCAUCAACGAUGACGACACAGAACAGCUGGUGCACAGGACAGAGGUGAUCAAGAACAACCUGAAUCCCAUAUGGGAACCUUUCAAGGUGUCCCUAAGCUCUCUCUGCAGCUGCGAUGAGGACAAGAAGCUGAAGUGCUUGGUGUGGGACUAUGAUUCGAGGGGGAAACAUGACUUCAUCGGGGAAUUCUACACCACCUUCAGAGAAAUGCAGAAAACGACAGAGGGAGAAAAGGUCACAUGGGACUGUGUAAACCCAAAGUACAAGAGCAAAAAGAGGAAUUAUAAAAAUUCGGGCUUGGUCAUCCUGAAUGAGCUCAAGCUGCACAGAGUGUACUCCUUCCUGGACUACAUCAUGGGGGGCUGCCAAAUACACUUUACGGUUGCGAUAGACUUCACAGCAUCCAAUGGGGAUCCUCGGAACAGCUGCUCCCUGCACUAUAUCAACCCAUACCAGCCAAACGAGUAUCUGAAGGCCUUGAUAGCAGUGGGGGAGAUCUGCCAAGAUUAUGACAGCGACAAAAGAUUUUCUGCCUUAGGAUUUGGUGCAAGAAUUCCCCCAAAUUAUGAGGUCUCUCAUGACUUUGCCAUCAACUUCAACCCGGAUGACGACGAGUGUGAGGAGAUCCAAGGUGUCGUGGAGGCAUACCAGACCUGCCUCCCCAAGAUCCAGCUCUAUGGCCCCACCAACGUGGCCCCCAUCAUCAGUCGGCUAGCCAAGGUGGCGGCAAGGGAGGAGACUACCAAAGAUGCAUCACGCUACCACAUCCUGCUGAUCCUGACAGACGGCGUGGUGACCGACAUGGCAGACACUCGCGAGGCCAUCGUGCGCGCCUCCUACCAGCCCCUGUCCAUCAUCAUCGUGGGGGUGGGGAACGCCGACUUCACGGACAUGCAGAUCCUGGACGGUGAUGACGGAGUCCUGAGGUCACCCAAGGGAGAGCCUGUGCUGCGGGACAUCGUGCAGUUUGUCCCUUUCAGGGACUUCAAAACGGCCUCUCCUGCUGCCCUGGCAAAGUGUGUCCUCGCCGAGGUACCCAAACAGGUGGUGGAGUACUACAGCCACAAGGGCUUUGCCCCCAAGUGCCCCAUUGCCGAUCCAUCGUACUCCAUUUCUGGCACCCCGGAAUAGCACUGAAUUAACAUGGAUGCGCCUCCUACAGACUUCUCUGCGAACUGCAUGCCGCGGCCCUUCACAGACUUGGCCGGUAAGGGGAGGGGGGGGGCCCUAUUGCUCCACAUAUAUACCUUUAAACAGCUACAUUGACAUGCCCCACUAUAUACUGAUCUACCGACGUUUUCCUCUUCUUUUACGUAUCUUUUUUUAAAUCCGAUUCUUCUUUUCUUUUUUCUUGGUAUAGUUUGGUAUUUUUUCUUGGUAUUGCCUUUUUUACUCUUAAACUUCCCAAGAUAUGGCAAGGUGAUACUCUCAGAGAGGUCACCAGCGGGACUGGGCUGAAAGAAAUGGCAAUUAUUUCAUAAAAUUUUUAGUUAAUUACAGAAAAUACUACUUGUUUUGCAAAGAAGAAUACACAAUAUGUAAGGAUGCCUCCUUAUAAAUGACCUCCUGCCCACAAUCUCCAAAAGACCUCUGAGAAUGUUCUUUAGACAGAUCCCAGUUUCAUCUUCUUGUAUGGGAUGUUUUAUUGGGUAAUGCUCCUCAGAAAGAAAUAUGUAUUUAAUGUUUAAAAAUACCCCACGAUACUGUAUGGGAUGAGUGGUUGAAAGAUGGGUGAAUGGAUGCAUGUCUAAAAAUAUGUUUAAAUGUCAUGUACAGUGUUUCUACGUAUGCCUGUUGAAAUUAUCGUUUUUAAAGAAGUUUUAUGCUCAUUUAUAAGUGAUUAUAAACUCUUUUAAUGUUAUUCCCAUUCAAUGAACGCUGUAGCUGUUCUCUGUAAGUUAAUGUACAAUUCAGUGGUUGGGAAAAUGAGUGAUGGUUCUGAAAUAUAUGCAGAUGUUUGAGUUCUGACAGCCAAGAAUUGUGCAGCUAUAUAUUCUCUUAGGCCUCUGAGCUCCGGCUACAAACGGACCCAUCUCACAACUGAAAGGUGUAGCUGAGUGUGGGAAAUUUAGUCUACAUUUAUAAAACCUCACAAUCACUAUAUUAGUUGCCGUAGCAAGGAUUUGCUUUGCAUGUGUUUGAUCUUUUUUAAAGCUCUAUAUCAUCAUACACUUUGGUUGUAUGUGUGAACUUCAUGAAGCAGUUCAGUUUGUAUUGGGCAAGAGUGUGUGUGUGUGUGUGUGUGUGUGUGUGUGGUUGGGGGGUGGGGGGGGAUUAGGAUUAUAUUAUGUUGUGGGGACCAAAUGGCCCCCAUAAUGUAAUAAAAACCAAUGUAAGAAAGAUCUGUAAAUGCAAUCAAAAAACUAAAAAUGCCAAAAGUCUUGUAUUUUAUUUGGUUGCUUAUGAUUAGGGUAAGGGCUUGGUUCGGGUUAAGGUCGUCAUGUUGGGAUUAGAGUUUUCCCCAUCGAAAUGAAUGGGGAGCUCCCACAAACAUAUAAUUAGAAACCUCUGUGUGUGUGUGUGUGUGUGUGUGUGUGUGUGUGUGUGUGUGUGUGUGUGUGUGUGUGUGUGUGUGUGUGUGUGUGUGUGUGUGUGUUUAUAGUCCUUCCAGAAGAUUCAGUCUUGUAUAGAUGCAGCACAGGCUGGUUCGGAUUUAGGAUUUUAUGUUCUUAUUAGACAUUCAGGGCCAUACAAGCCUUGAUCCUUAUUAAUGUUUUGUUUCGCUUCUUAAACUUGGCAGUGAAAAUAAAUAAAAAAUGUAUCUAGGGUGGGUUUUCCAAAGUAAUGAACUGAUGGUCAACUCCUGUCUUAAUUGGAAACUGAUGAUGAAGAUUAUGCCCUGUGUUACUGGAAUCUGAGUAUUACCCUCCAUGAGCUGUUCAGCAUUUACUGGCCAUAAUUUGACUCUGGUUGAAAUGUUUGUAAUUACUUAAAUUCAGACUAAUUAUUUUGUUCUAGCCUAUUGCAGUGGUACUUCUUUUCUGAAGACCAUGCUCUUCGCUGAUGUAGAAUUCCAGUUACAAAGCCCUCAACUUUUGUUUGUGUUCUUGAAGAACAUAUUCAAAAUAACCAGUGUUCUGUUUGCUCAGUUCAGGACACUAAGUUAGGGCAAUAUGGAGUUUUUUACAUCAGUCAACCAUUUCUUGGUUGAUGCUGAUGUGUUUGCAAUCCAUCUCCUGGCAGUGAAAAUGUUUUUUUGGCAAAAUGUCUUGUUACUUUGUGGAGUUCAUGAAUCCACCCGUCAGAUUUAUCCUUUCCUGGGCAUGUGCCACUGUGUCUCAUCAGAACAGAACACCGUUCCAGCCGCAAACCUAAUUUCAGUUGCAUUUUAUGUUGCGGCCCUUCUGUAAAAGCUAUUUUUAUGGAGGUGACAUUGAAUAGCGGUGUUAGAAAGUCUGUGACCUGAAAAUGCCAGAUUGUUUCAGAGAUUUCCGACUGUCCAACCUGAAAAGUACAUCAGGGCAAGAUGAGCCCUUGUUAGCAGCCUGGGAGCGUCGCCGUUGUUCCAGGACCCGUAAACUUGCUAGCAAUUGGCAAAGUAGAACAAAGUUACAGUAUCAGUCAAAAGUUUGGACACAUCCAUCUAUAGAAAGGCUUAUUUGUACUAAGAAUAAUUUUAGAAUAAUUAUGAAGGUAUCAAAACUAUAAAAUAACAUAUGGAGUUAUACACUGAUCAAAAAAGUAGUGAACAAAAAAAAAUUGUUGGGGGGGGGGGGGGGGCUCUGUGACUUGGGACUCAGAAGGGUGCAGGUUCAAAUCCUUGGGCUGGCAGAGUGAUCCUACCAUUGGGCUCUUGUGUGUGGCCCUUCACCCUAAUUGCUCCGGAGACUGGCUGACCUUACUGCCUCCUCUACGCCAGUUUUAUGAGGUGGCGUACAGGGAUGCUUUCCCAGCUGUGCUGAAGGAGGUCCCACAUAUGCUGAGCUCUCAUUGGACGUUUUCCCUUCACUCUCUGGUCAAACUCAAAACUAUCUCCACUGUGUUUAGGUCAGGUGACCAGGUAAUGUGAUGCGACACUGUCACUCUCCUUUGUAGGCAGCUUGGUUUGUCCAAAUUUUUGACUGGUACUGUAUGUUUUUUUCUGGAUUUAUAUAUACACACACAGACCCCCCACACACAUCUGUACACAUCUACAUAUCUGAGGUUGAUAAUCUUUUGCCUGUUGAUUUUACAUUAUGUUACCACACUGAUGCUGACAUUGUUUUUGAACAUAUGUGGAUGAUUUUCAGGACCCCAGGAACACAGCGAAUCACUGGUGGUGAACAGACAAUUUCCUAAGCUUCCAGUUAACUUAAAAAUGUGGCAUAUAAUUGCAAAUACAUUUUUCUUAAAUACUACUAAAACAGACACUUUUCAGGUGUGAAUAUUUUGCUGCAGCUUAUCUUAGAGGGAAAAAAAAUAAUGAAAUCAGAAAAUCAGGAAAUGACUCAUACCAAAUGUAUUAUACCAAAUGUGUUGAACCAAGAUUUUCUGAACCAAAAUUGUUCCCUUUUAUACUGUCUGUAGAAGAAAUGAAUAUUCUGAACAACAUAAAAAUGGAGGUCACUGUAUAGUGUGAAUAAAACUGAGGGCGUUGUAAUUUAAUAUAGUUUCAGGAUGUCACCUUGAAUGCAUGCUCAGGGCUGCAGAAGGGUUUAUAAUCAAAAUAA